UAUUUACCUAAAUUUAUUUGCUCUGGCUAUGUGCCCGGCAGCCGGGAAGGGUCUUGAAAAAAGUAAAUGCCCGGCAGUCAAAAAAUGUUGUAGAAUUUCUGCGAAAUCCCUUUUUCUAAUCGUUUGAAAGUAUUCUAUUUCCACUUAUAAUUACAUUUGUACUAAGUGAUCAGGAAAACAAGAAUGGCUUCAAAGCUGAGGGGUUGUGGUUUCUUGGGCAUAGAGUAGAUCGAGUGAAUGCCCUUUCAACACUUCAAAUGUCAUGAUAAGCGGUGCGUGACUAAUGGGCACAUUUUCAUCCAGGCAUCAGAGAGAAUUUCAAAGAGCACACUACAGUCCUAGAAAAACUGUGUUCAGAAACCAUAAUGACUUUAUGAUUAGACAUUGUUUUAUGUCCAUUCUGACAGUUGAAACAUGGACUUCUCUUGUUUUCAGGAAUAUGGUCGCCAUUUGGAAUGCAUAACAAUGUCAUCUGCUGUUUAUUGGUGUUUGGGGUUCUGUGUUUUGUGCUAAGCAUCCUGUCAGCCAUUUUUCUGUGUAUUGGAAUGUUUUUAAAACAAACCCAUCCUUAAAACUGUGUUUACAUCUCUUAAGGUAAGUAGCUCAUUAAUCGCAGUUGUAAAAAGUAGAAAAUACUCUACUUUCUUGACUGUAUUUCAAUAUUCUAGGUACACAGUAGAUGGCAUUCUAAAAUGCAUUUGAUAACAGAUCAAAAUUAGGGAAAAAAUAUGAAUAGACUUGGGAAGUUUGGAGAGCACUCAAAAGGCUAGAGUUACUCUUGGCUGGGCCUCAAGCAACUCUUAAUAACUUAUGCGGCCUCUUUCAUGCUCUCCAACACUUUCCAUGUGUUCAAUAUCUCGACAUACACAUGCUGACACAUGAACUAAUUGUGAAUUGUGAAACUGGUCCACUUUGACCAGUCAGUUCGUUUCGACUUGUUGGACCAAAAUGUCCCUUUCCAUUUGACAAAAUUGUUCUGCCCAGUACCACUCUUCUGCAUCCUACUUACAAGAACAAGAACCAAAUGUACCGUGGCUUGGGUUGGGUAUGUGUAACCCAAAUAUGCUGUUCGAUGGCGCACAUGGAAUUUCUGAAACUUCGAACUGGAUUUUUUGUUGAAUAGGAAGCACUUGAUGUUUAGUGAAAUAUUUUACAAACUUGUAGUACUUGACUGUGUUCAUUAAUAGUUUUGUUUGAUCAUCCUUGACCAUCAGUAGAUACAUUUCAAACAGCUCAUUAAAUCCCCUGGGUAAAAUCAAUGUUUGAGCUUUUUUGUGUUUUAGUUUCUAAUUUAACCCAAAUGUACGUCCUUAAAAAAUGUUUUUUUAAAAAGUUUAAAGUAUGGUUUCUGGAAGCAUUUUUCCACAUACUGGAACUUAAUUAGCCUGCGAAAACAUCCAUUUCUCCUCGCUCCCCUCCGCAGGGGACGUUUCACGAUGAGGAAAGUCUGCGACUCAGCGACAGAAAUUCCAUACUGAUGAUGUAAAAUAUGUCUAGAAUCUGGUCAGAAGCCCUGAUUGAUCAACGGAGUAGUUACACAUGUCUUAGCUAUUGUUUACAAAUGACAGAAAAUUAAAAGACAAAAGGCCACAAAGGUCAAAUGUAAAUGAGACGAAUCUCUAACAAAACAGUCAAUAUUUGUGGAAUUUAGUCUUCAUUCGUAGAUGAACACAGCACUUUACCGAAAUCGACCAGGAGAAACGUAAAAUUGAACAAAUGUGCUUUUGAAACCCAAUUACUUCCAGAUUUAUUUUUUAAACAUUGAUUUAUGUCAUCAGUAUGGAAUUUCUGUCGCUGAGUCACAGACGUUUCUCCACGCGAAACAUCCCCAGCAGCAAAGAGUGAGGAGAAACGGAUGUUUUCGCAGGCUAGCAUUUAAUCACUGAUAAAGAUUAUUAAUUUUCAUUAGGUUAAGACUUCUUAUAACAUCCUAAGAAACGACCACAUUGUGAUUUGGGGGCUGGGCUAAGGUGGGUUGAGUUGAUACAUGUACAUGUAAUGGAGUCACACUGGGGGAGUACCACAAAAAAAGACAGUCUCCAAGUUUUAGAUCUCUUGUGGUUGGCAUCUCUGCAAUAAUGCAGAAGGUCUUAAAGUAAAGGGUGAUGCAGUCUAAGUAUUCUUGUUGCCAUGCAGCCCAAUUAGGAUUUAGUUGCUAAUGUGAAAAAUUUAGAUACAUUUUCCCCUUAGUAUUGGGAACAAUUUCGUGCCCUGCAUUUUUUAAGCUUUUUCGUUUGUCUUCCUCUGCUGUUUUUUGGUUUAGAAACUCUUAUCAACUAAGUUGUCAUCAUGUUGGCCCAAAUUCUGCGUGAUAUGUAUGUUGACCCAGAGCUACUGGCAGAGCUUCCUGAAGAACAGAAGCAGAUUCUCUUUGUUAAGAUGCGAGAAGAGCAAGUGCGGAGAUGGAGAGAACGGGAAGAUGAGUUAGCAAAGAAAGAAGCACAGAACCCACCAAGACCACGUCUAAAGAAGUGUCAGUACUUUUCAGUGAUCUUGUACCUUAUCAGCACCGUAGCUAGUAUGAGGCCAACCGAGGCAGUCGCCUCGGUAAAAUUUUGACGCAUUUCGCCGAUCAUUUUUAUUUUACAUAAGCGAUCAUCGGAUAUUUUUAACGCAUCAUGAUAUUACAAAGAAUUCAGCAAUUCAGUCAAUAUACUAUGAAAAAAUUACCAUAUCAUCAAUCUCAAGGGGCUACGUACGUUAACUCAAAUUUUUUUUGAACAAAUACUGAUCAAAACCAUUGGCGAGGUUAACGGUCACCCAGAUUAUGUAGCUUGUUUCUGAUUAUUGCUUUUUAAAUUCCACUUAAAUUAACUCGAAAAAAAGUUACCGAAAGGCCCAGAAAACGCUGCAAAUCGCAUUUCCGAGAGACUAAAGUUCAAAAUUUCUCGGGGGGGGGGCAUGCCCCCGAACCCCCCUAGCAACUCCCGCCUGCCUCGGUUGGCCGUUUGGUCUGGCUACGGCACUGCUUAUGUUAAUAAAUAAUAGAUCUUGUCUGCUUUAUAUCACACUACCAAGUUUAAACAACCCUGAUGGGUGGCAGCCUAGUAGUCAUGCAUGCAGGACAUGUGGAACUGACUGCAGAAACCUAGCAACAGGCUUAGCUUGACAUGAACUCAUCUGGGUAGUUUGGCUUUUUUGUCUUUAUUGUGUCCAGAAAGUUGCAUUAAACUAGCUUCAGACGGUGUUAUUUGGGAAGAUGUCCUUGGGUGGAUGGGUUAAGAAUGCAUAAAAACCAUAACAAUCAAUAAUUACAUGUAGAUGCAACCAACUAAAGACAGCAUUCUUGGCCUGCACAUAUGAAGAUUUCUUACCCACUGGGCCUCAAUGUCUGGAUGUCCUAGUUUUAGUGGGCCUUAAUUCACGCUGCAGUAACUACUUUUACUGUGAAAUUAAUUUUAGUGGACCUACAGAUAAUAAUAUCAUAACUCUUUUACUCUUCACAGCAAAUACAAAGAGUGUAAGUUAUCUGAUUGCUGCUGAUGGAAAUCCUUGGGUUUGGGUGUUGGGGGAAGGAGAUGACAAGCCAGAUUCUUUUGAGAUUUUUAGAAGUAAGUGGACCGGCUCUCUUGUUAACGACUUGUAAGUUAUAGAAUUCAAAACUCAACCAUGAUUGUAUGUUGUGACGCAUCCAGUUAUUAUUAUUGGGUGUUGGGAGACCUGCCUUAAGUUACGUGACACAGGGACUUUGAGACAUGGAGGGCUGCGUACACCAAAAUGAAAUAGUUUUUCAAGAGCCAUGAAAUUGAACACACAACAACAACAACAACAACAACAACAACAAGUUUAUUUCAAAUUAAAUAUAGCUUACAAAGCUUGUACCCGCAAUUAGCGAAGGCUAUUCGAGGCGGGUACAAGAGAAAAAAGGAAAAUUGUAUAAAUAUAUAUAUAUGUUAAACGAACAAUCCUAGAAGCAAUCUAGUUUGUCAUGUGGUUUAUAGCCAGAGUGAGACAGGAAGGCAGACUGUACUUCAUACGGAAAUACACCAUGUUACGAUUUUGAGAAUUGCCCUGUAAUAUCAGAAACUCUAAUAUAGCCGUCCUCUUUUUCCAGUAUUUCAAAGAGUUUUCUCUUUAGUUCGCUUUUGAAUUGAUUUUUUUUUAGAGUGUUUUGAUAGAAAGUGGAAUGCUGUUCCGAAUUAAAUCGCCUGAAAUAGAGAAGGCUCUCUUCAUAUUUUCAGUUCUAACUUGUUCAACAUAGUAAUUUUCAUUAGUAACAGAUCUAGUCCAGUAACUGUGGACAGAAGACAGUUUCAUGAACAUAUUCUUCAUGUUAUCAGGAGCAAGAUUAUUAUGGACUUCAUACAUUAAAAGGCUCAUUUGCUCAAAUAGCAAGAACGAUAUCGGCAACUGUUUUGUUUCUAAAAACAACGGAACUGCAUGAGUUCUUGGUUCAGCACACUUAUCUUCUACUACAAAAAUAAAUGUAACUGACUUCAGUUGUACUUUGUACUUAUUAGUGAUUGGCUACAGAGAAUGUAAAACUGGCAAAACAAAAGUAAAUUUAAAUAAACUAAAGGUGACAGGAUUUAAUUUACUAUUAAUUUCAAGCAUUGUGUGUUCCGAUAAAGGAAAGGUUGUCAAUAAUGCAAAGAAAAAUUCCAUUAAGGUCUGCAUAGUGUAUCAAUGCAAGAGCUCUGUUAGCCAUUGGGAAGCAGUAGCUGAGACUGGGUUGGUAUAUUAUUGAGUUUUUGUAAGCCAAUUCACCAUUUUCACAUUACCCUUAACACACCUUUGUUGUGUACCGCCAAAACUCUGCAUAAGCAUUGUCUUCAAUUUCUCUUGGGAUGACUUUAAUCCCGAGGAGAAAUUAGAAACAAUGGUUUUGCAACAUGUUGAUGGGGGGAAACAAAAUGAAGUAUAGGCAAUGUGAAAAUGAUGCGUGAAAGAAGGAGUCAAGUGUAUUCCUGAGUACAAUAAACAAAUAGACGCAGUCUUAUACAUGACCUCAAUAUGGCCGAUUAAGUUCCAUUCCAUGGGAAAACUGGAAAUUCUGGGUGGAAAAUCAAAUUAAUGGUUCGCAUCCUUCCCUUUGGAGAACUUCAGAAGACAAGGGCUACGGUUUUAGGGGACGCAAUUUUUCUGCUCGUUUUAGUCUGUUUAGCUGAUUUGGAUAUACAUUGUUGCCUGUCUUUCUUCUACCAUGUCAAAUUUUAUAGUUUUAUGUUUAUGCACAAGAUUUCUACUCGGGUGGUUUGUAUAAAUGGUUAGCACACCCCAGGUUUCCCACUUACACAAUGUAGUUGGGUCACAUGUUGUUUCACGAUAUUGAAUUGGCCACUUUACAGUUAUGGACGGAAGCGAGGCUAAGGGUGACCUUGUUUUGAUACAAACCUUCCUGCUUUAUUAUGUAAAUCAAGUUAUUCUUAUGCUUACUAGUAUUUUCCAAGAACAAUUUCCAUAACAAAGCAAAGAAGGUUGUAUCAAAACAAGGUCACCCUCACCCUCGCUUCCAUCCAUAACUGUAAAAUGGCCUAUUCUCCUUUCUGCUUCCUAUGCAUUUAUUAUGACAUUUUAAGGGAACUCAUUAAUUAACAAUUAUUCGUCUCGGGGAUUAUUCAACAAUAUUAACUGAGCCUGAGGUGAAUAAUUGUUUUAGUAUAUUCACACGAAGUGAUCUCAACAGAAUCAGAAAGGAAACCAUUAAAAAACCAUUAGUUUGAUUGACGGGUGAAAAUUCAUGCGUGAACACGAAGCCGUAAACACCUCAGUUGAUGCGCAAAAGUUAGAUCUUUACAGUAUCUUCAAACAUNUUUUUGUCUUUAUUGUGUCCAGAAAGUUGCAUUAAACUAGCUUCAGACGGUGUUAUUUGGGAAGAUGUCCUUGGGUGGAUGGGUUAAGAAUGCAUAAAAACCAUAACAAUCAAUAAUUACAUGUAGAUGCAGCCAACUAAAGACAGCAUUCUUGGCCUGCACAUAUGAAGAUUUCUUACCCACUGGGCCUCAAUGUCUGGAUGUGCUAGUUUUAGUGGGCCUUAAAUUACACUGCAGUAACUAGUUUUACUGUGAAAUUAAUAGUAGUGGAACUACGGAUAAUAAUAUCAUAACUAUUUUCCUUUUCACAGCAAAUGCAAAGAGUGUAAGUUAUCUGAUUGCUGCUGAUGGAAAUCCUUGGGUUUGGGUGUUGGGGGAAGGAGAUGACAAGCCAGAUUCUUUUGAGAUUUUCAGAAGUAAGUGGACCAGCUCUCUUGUUAAUGUCUUGUAAGUUAGAGAAUUCAAAACUCAACCAUGAUUUUAUGUUGUGAUGCAUCUAGUUAUUAUUAUUGGGUGUUGGGAGACCUGCCUUAAGUAACAUGACACAGGGACUCUGAGACAUGGAGGGCUGCAUGCACCAAAAUGAAAUAGUUCUUCUAGAGCCAUGAAAUUGAACAUACUUAUCUCCUACUACAAAAAUAAAUGUAACUGACUUCAGUUGUACUUUGUACUUAUUAGUGAUUUGCUACAGAGAAUGUAAAACUGGCAAAACAAAAGUAAAUUUAAAUAAACUAAAGGUGACAGGAUUUAAUUUACCAUUAAUUUCAAGCAUUGUGUGUACCUAUAAAGUAAAGGUUGUGAAUAAUGCGAAGAAAAAUUCCAUAAAGCUCUGCAAAGUGUAUCAAUGCAAGAGCUCUGUUAGCCAUUGGGAAGUUGUAGCUGAGACUGGGUUGGUAUAUUAUUGAAUUUUUGUAAGCCAAUUCACCAUUUUCACAUUACCCUUAACACACCUUUGUUGUGUACCCCCAAAACUUUGCAUAAGCAUUGUCUGCGAUUUCUCUUGGGAUGACUGUAAUCCCCAGGAGAAAUUCGAAGCAAUGGUUUAUGCAACAUGUUGAUGGGGGGGAACAAAAUGAAGUAUAGGCAAUGUGAAAAUGAUGCAUAAAAGAAGGGGUCAAGUGCAUUCCUGAGUACAAUAAACAAAUAGACCCAGUCUUAUACAUGACCUCAAAAUGGCCGAUUAAGUUCCAGCGUCCAGGGGUACUUACCAUUACAUGGGAAAACUUGCAAUUCUGGGUGGAAAAUCAAAUUAAUGGUUCGCAUCCUUCCCUUUGGAGAACUUCAGAAGACAAGGGCUACGGUUUUAGGGAUGCAAUUUUUCUGCUCGUUUUAGUCUGUUCAGCUGAUUUGGAUAUACAUUGUUGCCUGUUUUCUACCGUGUCAAAUUUUAUAGUUUUCUCUUUAUGCACAAGAUUUCCACUCGGGUGGUUUGUAUAAAUGGUUAGCACACCCCAGGUUUCCCACUUACACAAUGUAGUUUGGUCACAUGUUGUUUCACGAUAUUGAAUUCUCCUUUCUGCUUCCUAUGCAUUUAUUAUGACAUUUUAAGGAAACUCAGUAAAAAAGGAAGUUAUAUUAGGCUGAGUAAUCAUGGUUUUAACUGUCCUGGGGGCCGUUUCUCGAAAGUCCCGAUAAUUAACGGGCCCGGUAAGCUGUCUCCGUUUACAUUAAAGAUCGAGGUUUCAAUAGUUUUGCAUCUAACGUGAUAAAACUAUCAGUUAAUGAAACAAAAUGGAGUAGUUUGCUAGCCAGGACCCGCGCUCUUAUUCUUUAUAUUUCGAUUUGAAUACUUGAUUUCGGGCGCGAAAAGUUACCAGGACUUUCGAGAAACGGGCCCGGACAGCUGACCUGUAAUAAUGAUCAAGCAUUGAUUUUACAGAGACAAAAGAAAAAAGGUAAAGCAAAGGCAUCCAUUUGUAGAAGAGUUGAUGCUGAUAUAAAGCUGUUAUUUUGUAGAAAAAGAGAAAGAAUCUGAAGAAGAGGAUGAAAAGAGAGCAAAAGAACUUGCUCAUAAAGAGAUUGAAGAAAUGAAAAGAAAAGAGCUGGAGAGAUUAGAGGAAGAGAAACAGUGGAAAGAAGAGCAGGAAAGAUUAGCAAAGGAAGCAGCAGCCAGGGAGGCUGAACGCAAACGAUUGGAAGAGGUAAGCAACAAAAGUUCUUUAUAGGUGGUAGAGAGUUUUAACAUCAGUGACGAGUAUGAGUUCCUGGCGACAUUUUCGCAUUCUUGUACUCAAUGUCAUAGUUGAAAAUUGCUGGUAGAGCAUGCAACAACAACAGCCACAGUUUAUUGAAUUUGCAAGUAAUUUAGGAUUAUGUUACCCACAAUCAGUGGAGCCAUUCUAGGUGGGCAACAAUACAAUAAUAGUCUCCUAUAAAUAAGUGUAAAGUUCAAGAUUCAAAAGUCGGGAAAAAAAAGAAAAGAAAAAGCAAAAAUAAAAUGAAAUAAGCUAGAUAAAUAACUAAAUACAAGUAUUUAAAAUGGUAAAACUAUAACAAUUUCGAUACUAAAUAAAACUAUGGGUAUAAGGAAGGAGAACACUUUAACUGAAUAAGGAGUUCAGGUAGGAACUGGUAAUGGCACUCAUAUCAACAAACACCUCCUCAGUCUCCAAAACUUUGACCAGUAACUUAUAUAGUUUACGCUUGAAAGGGUCUUUGCGCUGUUCACGUAACGCAAAAGGGAUUUUGUUCCAAAUGCUACACCACUUCUAAAAAAAGAUAAUAAUAUAGAGGAAUGGCAUGAGCUGUGCUGUCAGAAAAGAGUGUUGUUCAGAUUUGAAUUGGCAGCUUGUCCCCUUGCAGUUAGUCGAUAAGAAAUGUACAGUUCGAUGAAGGAACGAUAAAGCUUUAAGAGAGUACCGGUAGGCAUAAAAUGCCUAGGCCUGGCAAUGAUUCCUACCCCUAAAUAUAGUCCAUGUGGUACCUCCAAGAGAGGUGACUAUCAAUCAAAACACCGAGGUAUUUCACAUAAUGUUUUUGUUCAAGAAAGGUCAUCAUCUUCAAGUCAUGCAUUGCAAGGCGUGCAUUGAUACACGUGAGGUUUUCGCCGUCAAACCACCCUAAAAUCGCACUGUAGACUGUUUAAAACUUCACAGAACCACUAUUUGUUUUAUGUUCUUUCAAUCCCUGGUAUUUUUAGUGUUGUAGCUCAUUAUCUAUCCUACCAUAACCUAUCGGGGUCAAAUGACCUAUUGGAUUUGCAUGAGAUACACCUGAAGGUCAUUUGACCUAAUUACUAAAGCGUAAUUGCAUGUUUAUGUUAUUCUAGGAAGCACGAAUUGCUGCUAAAAAAGCCGAAGAGCUACGAAAAGAGGAAGAAAAGAAGCGAAAAGAAGAAGAGAGACGGCAAAGAGAGGAAGAACAGCGUAAGAGAGAUGAGGAAAAACGGAGAAUGGAAGAAGAAAGAAAACGCCGUGAGGAAGAAGAGAAAAAAAUCCAAGCUGAGCUGGCGCAGAAGCGCAAAGCAAUCGAGGAGAAGCGGAAGGCAGAUGAAGAAAAGAAAAGAUUAGAAGAGGAGAAAAGAAAAGCUGGAGAAGAACUUGCUCGAAAAAAAGCGGAGGAAGCAAGAAGGAAAGCUGAAGAAGAGAGGAAAGCGAAAGAAAAAGCGUUGGAAGAAGCAAGAAGAAAAAAAGCAGAACAGGUGAUGUCAUUUGCGUAAAAGAAAGUUAGUAUUGAAUAGAAAGAAUGGACAAUAUCCGGUUAGUUAGAUAAAGUUUACGCAGGUUGAAACGCUUGCAGGAAAUGUUAAAGGAACGAUACGAUUGUAGCAGAGAGCAGAAUAGCUGUAUAUUGUAUGAGAGAAACUGGUAUGAUCAAGGAAAGAUUUUAAGAUUAACCUUUUGAUCAGAUCGAAGGAAUGUAAGGUGAAAUCUGGUUUCCACUCGUCCUAAGUAAAGUUCAUUAGUUCCUAUAUGGAACCAGGGCUAGGUUGCAUAAAACCUUCUUAAGAUAAGAGGACUCUUAACUUUUGUUCUGAAACAAUAACCUAUUUAUUUGAAAUAAUAUUUACGAGUUCCGUUAAUCUUAAAAUGUUUUUUGCAACCCUACCCAGGCUCUCAAAUCAAAAUUGAAACUCUCCAAAGGAUUCUUCCUUUUGCGUGACGGCAUAUCUUUAGAAAUGUUUUUUUUCUUUUUUUUUUGGUUGUAAUUGAGAAUUUAUUGUACGGCAUAAAACAACCUAGGGUAAGUUGCAAUGUCGUUGACCAACCUUUUGGCAUACUUUGCAGACACCAUCUAGGUUGACCUCUUGGUGCGGUGGUCUGAAGAUUGUCCGUGUUAGAGAGAGUGAUUUCCCUGAGAUUUAAAACUUAAGAUUAAUUCCAGAAUCAUUUUGUCAAAACACAAAGUAGAGAAGAGAGUAGCUAGCGCCUUUAAGAAUUCUAAUAUUAGGAUUUUAUAUGGCUUAGUGUAUCUGCACAUAAUUUGGCCCCUCUUAGGCUAGAUUUUACAUGUACGCACAAAAUUGACCGUGGAAGCCAUACUGCACAUUGAAAAGGCAAGACAAUUUUUCACUUCUAACAACUAACUAACUAGAUGAUAACAAUUACUUAAUUAAUCUUUAAUGAAGAGGGCCGCAUCACAUAGUGGUUUACAAAUACUAUGAAUAAGAAUCCAAAUUAGCGUGCAGAGAAAUCAAGGUGUUAAUUUGUAGUUAAUAAGUUUGAUAUAUUUUGUAGGAGGCCAUUGAAAAGGCACGGCAACUGGAAGAAGAGAAACGAAGAGUCGAAGAACAGCAAAAAGAGGCAGAAAGAAAACAGAAAGAAGUUAUAGCACGCUUACAGCAAAGGAAAGCAGAAAAGGAACGUCGAGAAAAAGAACUCUUGGAGAACGAAACCAAACGGGCGCAAGAGAUUUACAUGAGCUUGAGAAAGGUUCGUGAAGAGAUUAAACAGAAGGAAGAGGAUGAGAGGAAAAAAGAGGAGCAAGCGUGGAUACUUCAGGAGGAGAAAGCGAAGGAAGAAGAACAACGAAGGCGCAGCUCGGUCAGUCUUGCGCGUAAGGAGGUGGCAAGAGAGCGAGAGGAAGCCAAGAGGUGGUCCACUAUAUUGAUUGAAAAGGGGAUGGUAUCCGCCCCAGGGGAGAGGAGACAAACAUGGAGUAUAAAACCACAGAGACCACCACCACCCAUCCCACCCAGGUAAGUACUGUAGAAAGCCUCAUUCCCCUAGGUUAAUGCUGUAAACUUUCCCACGCCCAUUCCCUUUCCCAUUCCCAAAGCACCCCCCCCCCCACCCCACCCCUUCUCCUAGAAAGCACCCAAAGGUGAUCGUGAUAACUCCAAUCCUCAAUGGCCUUGUGGCCUUGCCUGGUAAAUUACUUACAACGUCGUGCAUCAAGAAAAAAAUCUUGAAAACGGGAGUGACAUUUUUGCAAAAGGUCACCAUAACUAUUUAGGUAGACCGUCAUUUAUCUGUGGCAGAAAUCUGUGAAACACUUUAAGAAGUAUUUUAUAGAAAACCAGCUGAACAAAAAAUAAUCAGAGUAGAUAAAGUUUUCAGCGAAAGAAGCGAACAUAUACAUGCGUGUACCAAUGUUUGACUUAACAGAAGCCAACGUGGUAUGAUUAUUUUGUUUUUGUACAGAUAGUUCGCCCUUCUCCUCUCUUUUGAAGCACAGUAAUUCUAAGUUCCGUUCUCAUUUUGUUUGUUUUGCAAUCACCAGACCUGGAGACAAAACUUCGGAGGUUCCACCCAGACCACCACCUCCCGGCACCAGCCCAAUGAGGCCCAGAAGGAGUGUCAAGCCUAAAAACCGAAAGAAUGUCAUCGAUUGGUUUCAACAAGAAGAGCUCUCCAAGAGAAUUUGCUAUGAUGGAGAUAAAAUAUUGCCCUAUUUUCACGGUGAGAGCCAACGUUAGUUAAAGAAUUAAUAAAACAAUGGUUUUGACGAUUGAAGUAACGAGAAUAAUAAUCCUUUUGAUUCAAAAGAAGAGGGACUCGGGCUUUUUAAGGUGCCUACGUAAGAGGCAGCAGGAACGAAAAUCCAAGAUGAAGUCUAAACUUGGAUGAUAAAGUACCGUAAGAGAUUUGAAUGCUGACAUUUGGAGCGCUAACCCUCUGCUCGAGCUAAUAAAUGCGAAAAGUGAAGGACAUGUGCGUUAUUGGAUGCGAAACUGUUAGCCUUGGGAAGUUAACGUAACUUUUCUUUUCUUUUCAGGUAUAAUCUCUCGACAAGAUGCUGAAAAUUUACUUGUAAACAAGCCUCCUGGAUCGUUUUUGGUUCGUGUGAGUGAGCGUGUGUGGGGAUACACCAUAACUUACCGAGCUCCUGAGCGCUGCAAACAUUACCUUGUUGAUACCAGUGAGAACACUUACCAGUUUUUUGGUCAUAAUCAAAUUGCACACCAGACGCUCAAAGAGUUAGUUGAAUUUCAUAAAGUAAGGCCAAUCUCAGGGCUUGGACAAGAACUGUUAAAAAUUCCAUGCGGUCAGGAAUGCGAUCCACCUGAUUAUCAAGAGUUAAUCACUUCUGUAGAAAGUGAAGAAUCCUUUUCUACAAAGCUUUAAUAAUAAAUGGCGCCGAAGAUUUCUAUGAAAGCUAAGUGAGUACAGAUUAGUGUAGAAGAAAAGUAAUGUUAGAGGUAUGAAACAUUGGUUAACGUCCCAUCACGUCUGGGCCUGGUCGAAUACUGCUUUUAAAACCAGGGACAAUGUAGGAGUGGCUGUUCUGUUAUGAAGCAAAGCUAUUUUUCAGUUUUAGCAAUCAUUUAAAAUCAGCCAAAGUCAAAUUUUUGGGUAGGAAGAAUUAACAAGAUAUGAUAUUUUUUUUAUUCGAAGUUUCUUAGGGCUACCUUAUUUACUGGUUGCUUAGUCCCUGUAGGGCGUUUUCCCAGGUUCUCUCGGUCAAUUCACUUCGGCGACGUAUCCGAGGUAGACUGCAAAACAGUCCGUAUUUUUGCGUAUUCAAGUACGCGCGAGUGGUCAAGCAAAAAAUCUGGAACGAGGCUGAAAACAGAGAGCUUCGCGCGCGUAAGACUCUUACGCCACGCUUUACCGAUUUUUUUUACUAAUUUUGAGGGGAAAAAACCACUGUUUUGCAGUCUAUAUCCGAGGCGAACGGGCGGGAAACACAUCUUUGCUUGGACCACGUGACCCGAAACGCUUUGGCCCACGAAAUAAUGAGGCCUAGGGACUAGGCAAACCGAAGUGAAUUGACCGAGAGGGACUGGGAAAACGCCGUACAGGGACUAGGGAACGAGUAAAUAAGGUAACCCUAAGAAACUUUGAGUCAAAAACGAUCAUAAAAUUCUUCACAUCUUCGCUUGGACCACGUGACCCGAAACGCUUUGGCCGCACGAAAUAACGAGGCCUAGGGACUAGGCAAAUUUCCUCCAAUCGAAUAUGCAAGUUAAGCCUCACGCCUCAGUGUGAUGCUUAUAGGGCCAUGUUUAUUUGAAAGUUUGAUGCGACAAAGAAUUGUUUAAGCUACGGUUUUAUUAUACUAACAGUAUUAACGUCUUUUGAUUUUUAUAAAUUCCCGGAGGGGCGUUUACUUAACUUUUUUAUCCUAAAUCACCAAAUGCGGUGCUUAAUUGGGGGCGGCUCUUAUUCGAGUAAAUAACGACUUAAGCGUGCUUUGAAUUGGUUUACUCAGCCUUGGUCACGCCCUAUCAAAAUUAGUCCGUUUGGUUUGUCCUAAGAAAUCAAGUAAUAUUUUUUCAAGGAAAAAAAAAAUGAGACAGAUGAAGGUAAGGCUAGUUUUAUGCAAGGUUUUUAAGAUAAGAGUAAGUAGCAUGAAAACGUCUGCCAGACAUGUUUAAGAUAAAAUCCAUUUCUAACCUGAUAUCGUGUGUUAGAAGCCGAGCGAUAAUCUGCGCGCAAGCUCUCCGGCACGCUCCAGGGUGGGGUUGGGUGACGCCUGUCAGUAUUCAGUCUGUGAAUUUUUGUCUCCCUGCAGGAAGGGCGGCUGUUUUUUUUUUUUAUCACUGGUAGCAUUCACAAGCCACAUAGCCCAAGAAAUGCUUUUCGUUCAGUUGCCAAUGUUUUCAAUUUUGUUUGUCGUUGUACUUGCGCAGCUCUGUAAUUAGCACGUAGUUGUCGGAAUUCCUGGCCUGUAACAGGAAACACUCACUGACUUCCGUUCCUUUUCUGCCGCUUUAUGUUAAACAUAGACUCUUGAUCAACCCAUCACGUGAUUGGACGGUAAUCUAUCUGUUAUCAAUUUAUGGGAUGCUGUUAUGUUAAUUUGAUCGUAAAGCUAAAUAGUAAUGUUAAUCUCAACUUAGGUCAGGAGCACUCUUUGAAUUGUUUGAAGUUUGCACUCUUUUUAAGUCUUUUGUGCCUGUUUAAGUCUUUUAGUGCCUGUGCCAAACACAACGGCGAUAAUUGCCUUCAACAACAAGAAGUAAUAUAUCAAACAUGAGAUGCAGUGUUUCAUCACCAGAUGAAACACCGAGAAGAGAGUUGAAAAUACGACGCGCAGCGGAGUAUUUUUGACGAACUUCGAGGUGUUUCAUCUGGUGAUGAAACAAACAAAAUCAUUUUUGAAGGAGAAAUUAAGGAUGCAAAUACUAAGCAGUGUUUCAUCCGAUUUCCAAACACUCAUUAAACAUUAAUUUCCUUUGUAUUUUCUUAAUGAAUUAUUAAUGAGUUUGAGAACGGGAGAUACAGUAUCGUUAAUCACUAAUUUGGAGUAUAAUAGAUGAAUUGGCGCACUCGUUUUAUAACGUAAUAGCAAAAAACAAACCUAAGAAGAAAUUAAAAAUAUUCUUUAAAUUCUAUUCACGAAAAGAACAAAUUUCAUUUGGGAAAAGUCCAGUAAAGCUGGAAUAAAUUUCGAUGUAAAGAAAUUCAAUCACAAAUGUGUGUAUUUUAGCUUAUUUACAUUAACAGUGUAAAAGUUUACUAAUGUCCGGUUGAUCCCGCUGACUUCAUUGCUUGUAGCUUAAAACAGACUACCAUUUGAAGCUAAUGAAGUGGUUUUUUGAUCACCACUAAGACACCUUUCAGUCAAACUGUUACAGAUGCACACACUUAUGACAGCAUUGUUGUAACACUUCGUCUGUAAAGAAGGGAAAUUUUAUAUUUUCCUUCGAAUUUUCGUCGUCAAAUCAAUAUUAUUUCUUGCUUGUGUUUUAAUUCUCUCUUCAUUUAGUCACACUCAUUUGGGGCACGCUUUGAAAGAUGUCUCCGUUUAUUAUGACUUGUCUUUUUUAAGAGGCAAAGGUUUCAAUGUCAGGUUGCAUCCUCUGAAUAUGGAUUCCUCUUACUGAGCGAUACAAGUUGCUUGAAUUAAGCCCCAGUGAAUCUCAAGUCAAGAGAUCGUUGUUAAUUUCCUCUUCUCAUAUAAUAUUGUAA